UCUACAUACAUAUAUAACUCAUUAGAGCAACUACUUGGAACCUCUUUAAAGAAGAGAAUGAUCCCAAGGAGAGCUCUGAUCCUGGGGGUCCUCUUCCUGGCCACAAUUUUGAGCCCCUGUGCAAGCCAAGAAAUUAAGGCUGAUCAUGUCGGUGCCUAUGGUGCACUAUUCUAUCAGAGUUAUGGUCCCUCUGGCCAGUUCACCUUUGAAUUUGAUGGAGAUGAGGAGUUCUACGUGGACCUUGACAAGAAAGAAACUAUCUGGUGGAAGCCUGAAUUUAGUCAGUUUGGAGGUUUUGACCCUCAGGGUGGUCUGACAAAUAUAGCUACAGCAAAGCAUAACAUAAACAUCUUGAUGAAACGUUUCAAUGGUACUACAGCCAUUAAUGAGGUUCCUGAAGUGACUGUCCUUCCCAAGUUUCAUGCGUUACCAGGUGAAGCCAACAUCCUCAUCUGUCUUGUGGACAACAUCUUCCCUCCUGUGAUCAACAUUACAUGGUUGCACAAUGGACAGUCCGUUAAAGAGGGUGUUUCUGAAACUAGCUUUCUUACCAAAGAUGAUCACUCCUUCCUCAAGAUAAGUUACCUCACCUUUAUCCCAUCUGAGGAUGAUAUUUAUGACUGCAAGGUGGAACACUGGGGCCUGGACAAGCCACUUCUGAAACACUGGGAAUUGGAAAUUCCAGCUCCAAUGUCAGAGGUGACAGAGAAUGUGAUCUGCGCCCUGGGGCUAAGUGUGGGACUUGUGGGCAUCAUGGCAGGCACCAUCUUUAUCAUCCAAGGUCUGCGCUCAGGUAGUGCCUCUAGACCUCAAGGGCCCUUAUGAGAUGCACCCUAUAGAUGAAGUAUUCUUCCAUCGUCUCAUCUCUCCUUGAAGCAUAAGAUCCUGUAUCUCCUGAAGAAGUGCAAACACCUUAUAAUUUUUACCCAAACUGCUGAAAUGUCUUAAUUUUCAAUUGUUACAUACUAUAGAGAUUCUUGGGAGAGUUUUCCCAGUAUUCUUAUCCAUUGUGGCUGAUAGAAUAUUUCCUAAAAAGCAAUAAAUCAACAUUU